AUGGCCUUGUUUGCCCGACUCUGCAGACUUUUUCAGAGAGCCAAUGUGGAAGGGAGAGAGACCAGAGAGGGGAGGAAGGAUGCUGACCUUCCAUCUGAGAGGAAUGAAGGACAAAGGAGGUGGACUUGGCGAAUGUGGAUGGCUCACAGACAGAAAACAUCACCUGUACCUGUCACAAGCAAAAAGCAGUUUGAGAAGGAAGAGAAGGAGCUGAUCAAAAAGAUCCAGCUCACUACCGAGGAGACAAAUGAGCUGAGAGAUCGCCUGAUCUACGUGACCAAGGGAUCCAUGAACAAGAGGCCCUACCACAGGCAAACUCGACAUUAUAAAGAACUGAAAUUAAAGGAGAAGGAGAUCAUGACAUAUCUACACAUCUUAGAGAUGGAGAACAUGGAGGCCCGAGAGAACAAGCAGGAGCUCAAGAAGGAGAAAAAUUUCUAUCGUAACCUGCACACCCGGAUCCUGCUGGAGGAGAAUCUUAUAAAGAAGAAGUUGGCGAUAUUGCAGCAGGAGAGCAAGGAAAUACAUGCUGAUUGGGCCAUCAUUCAACAACGUUUGGUGGAGUUGAACCUGAGUGGUAAAGACGAACAGGAGAAGACCAGCAACCUGGAGACUCAAGAACAUCAGGUCUCAGAAGCUGCAAGAGAGCUGGGAUUGGCCACAGCUGAAGAAGACAGCAUCUUGCAGAAUGAGUUGCCAUGCCAGGAGGCCCCUGCUGAGCACCAUCCCCAGCACCCACCAUCUUCCUCAGAUGAAUCUUCCUCAGAUGAAUCUUCUUAUAGCACAUGUCCUGAGUGGGAAUAG